CUUGUCGCCGCCAGCCUCAUCGCCUCCUCGCCAGGCCCUCAUCAAAUCUGCGGUAACAUGCCGCACACUCGACCCAAGAGAUGAGGUACUCAACAGCAUGCUCGGCCUGUCGAGCUCGAAGGCGAAAAUGCGAAGUUCCCAUCCCCGGCGGCCAGUGCGCCUACUGCAGCGCCCAGAACCUUGCCUGCUCGCGCGCUGGCUCCAUCAUCCAGCCCAAAAAGUCACCCACAAGCCCUGUGCCGCCAGCAGUUGUGUCCAUGGACAUGACCAUGACCCGUGACAUGGGCCACGUCAUGAGCCCAACGACGACAACGACGGCGACAGCCAUGACCCUGACGACAGGAGCGGCGGCGACGACGACAAACACGUCACCCCAGAUCAUGGGCAUCUCGCCGGCCGCCGCCGUCCAGGACAAGGCCCUCUGCUUUGAGCUGGUCGAGCUGUACUUCAAGUACAUCCACGACCAGCUGCACUCGCUCUUCCACCGUCCGAGCUUCAUGCUCGACCUCCACGAGGGCACGGCGCCCCUCGUUCUUGUCUACGGCAUGAUGGCCCUGUCGGCGCGCUUCUCGUCGAACCACGCCUUCAGCGGCAUCCCGCCCAUGGCCCGCGGCGAGCACUUUGCCACCGAGUGCAACCUGCUGCUGAACCUGCGCGACGUGUCACUGACGACGAGCCAGGCGUGCGUCCUGCUGGGCGCCGUGAGCAUCGUCGAGGGCGAGGCCGGCGCCGAGACGGUCUACUACGCUGCCGCCUGCCGCAUCGCCAACUUUCUCGACCUGCCGAACAUGCCGACGCCGGAUCCGCUGCAGCGCGAGAUCCACAUCCGAGUCUACUGGUCCCUCUGCAUGAUCGACGUGUGGUCGUCGACGGGCGUCAACCUGCCGCUGCUGAUGAACCGACGGCACGACGUGCCGCUGCCGAUGAACGAGUCGACGUUUCUCAACAUGAGCCGCGCGAGCAGCAACCACUUUGACUUUAUCCUGUCGCCGAACCGCGAGGACUCGCUGAUCGCGCAGAACAUCAAGCUCAACAGCAUCCUCAUGAAGGUCAACGACGCCAUCAAGACGCUGACGUCGGACGCGUCGGUCACGAGCAUCGACGAGACCGUGUCGAGCCUGUCGCAGGAGCUCGAGGCCUGGGAGGUGGCGCUGCCGCCGAGCAUCCGCGACACGCCGUCGAACCUGCACGCGUUCGCGUCGCAGGGCCAGGGGCGCAUCUUCAUCGCCGUGCACGUGAGCCACUACCACUUCUCGCAGCUGCUCUUCUACCAGUACCUCGACGAGCAGCAGCGGUUCCCCGCGUCCCUGACGGCGCAGGCGUUCGCGCGCAAGUGCAAGUCGAACGCGGCGUCGCUGUCGCGCAUCAUCGACCUCGCCAACACGACGCCCGGCUGUGACUGCUUCUUCAACAUGCUCGGCCACAUCAUCGUCGUCACGUCGUCCGUCUUCAUCCACACGCUCCUCUUCGAGACGGACGAGGCCGAGGUCGCCGCCGCCCGCGCCCAGCUCGAGCGCAACUUCAACUCGCUCGUCACCCUGCGCCAGUACUGGCCCGCCCUCGAGGUCUGCUUUGCCCGCCUCAAGACGUUCCACGAGCUGUGCCGUAAGAGCACCGACCACACCUACCGCAUGGACCGCUGGAUGCUGCGCUUCCUCACCGAGUUUGCCCGCCCCAUUGACGAGAAGGAGCGCGAGGAGGAGGGCAGCGUCGACCUCGACCGCUGGAGCAUUGGCAACAUUGGCAUCAGCCCGGAGAACUGGGCGUAG